CGGUCUCUUGCAGAAGCUCCUGUGCCCAAUGGGGGGCGGCAGCAUCCAAGUAACACACUCCCUGAAGAUUUGUAGGUGGAUGGAGAUUCGCAUUCGAAAUAUUUUUGACUCUAGCCGCUCUCCGUAGUGCCUUAGCCCGCUCGAGUUUCAAUGCGCGUUGUUGCUUGCUUGAAGCUGAGUCCUGUACCUCUCCUCCUGCCCUCCUGGUCAUGGCUUCUCCGAGUUCCUUCACCUACUAUUGUCCUCCAUCCUCCUCUCCGGUGUGGUCAGAGCCGCUUUACAGUCUGAGGCCGGAGCACGCGCGGGAGCGGUUGCAGGACGACUCGGUGGAAACAGUCACGUCCAUAGAACAGGCAAAAGUAGAAGAAAAGAUCCAAGAGGUCUUCAGUUGUUACAAAUUCAACCACCUUGUACCAAGGCUUAUUUUGCAGAGGGAGAAGCACUUCCAUUAUCUGAAAAGAGGUCUUCGACAGCUGACAGAUGCCUAUGAGUGUCUGGAUGCCAGCCGCCCAUGGCUCUGCUAUUGGAUCCUGCACAGCCUGGAACUACUGGACGAGCCCAUCCCCCAGGUGGUGGCUGCAGAUGUGUGUCAGUUCCUGGAACUGUGUCAGAGCCCAGAAGGAGGCUUUGGAGGGGGCCCUGGUCAGUAUGCACACCUUGCACCGACGUAUGCAGCAGUCAAUGCGCUGUGCAUCAUUGGCACUGAGGAGGCCUACAGCGUCAUUAACAGGGAGAAGCUUCUUCAGUAUUUGUACUCUCUGAAGCAGCCUGAUGGCUCUUUUCUCAUGCAUGUUGGAGGUGAGGUGGAUGUGAGGAGUGCAUACUGUGCUGCUUCAGUGGCCUCUCUGACCAAUGUCAUCACUCCAGACCUCUUUGAGGGCACUGCUGAAUGGAUAGGAAGGUGCCAGAAUUGGGAAGGUGGAAUUGGCGGGGUGCCAGGGAUGGAAGCUCAUGGUGGCUAUACUUUCUGUGGCCUGGCUGCACUGGUCAUCCUCAAGAAGGAACGUUCCUUAAACCUAAAGAGCUUAUUACAAUGGGUGACAAGCCGGCAGAUGAGGUUUGAAGGUGGAUUUCAGGGCCGCUGCAACAAGCUGGUGGAUGGCUGCUACUCCUUCUGGCAAGCCGGGCUUCUGCCACUGCUCCAUCGAGCGCUGCACGCCCAAGGCGACCCUGCCCUCAGUAUGAGCCACUGGAUGUUUCAUCAGCAGGCCCUGCAGGAGUACAUCCUUAUGUGCUGCCAGUGCCCCACUGGGGGGCUUCUGGAUAAACCCGGCAAGUCACGUGACUUCUACCACACCUGCUACUGCUUGAGCGGCUUGUCCAUAGCCCAGCACUUUGGCAGUGGAGCCAUGCUGCAUGAUGUGGUCAUGGGUGUGCCUGAGAAUGCUCUGCAGCCCACUCACCCUGUGUAUAACAUUGGACCCGACAAGGUGUUUCAGGCCACCAUGCAUUUUCUACAAAAGCCAGUCCCCAUCUUCAAGGACCAUGAGGAGGAGGCAGCAGCAAAGCCUGCCACGGAUUAGAGGACACAGGAUCCCCAGCUCUGUGUCUGCCCACUGUCCCAGUCAGACCAAGGUUGAUCCG